GGCAAAUACGUCGAGGGUCAAUCCGAUACGAGCACUCUCAUCCAUGAGCGCAACGCGGCGUUCAAAGAGUUCAAGACGGCUAUCCAUGACACCCAGCCGAAAUUCAAAGCGCAGCUUCUGACGGCUUCGACUGAGGGAGCUGCGAACCACCUGAUCACUCGCCAGCUAGAGGUCAAUCUCGCCGAUGUGCGCAAACACAUCGAAGAAUCCAUUACGCGCGAAUUGCCGGGGAAUA